AUGACGGCCACCAAAGCUAACCAUCAAUCGGUGACAACCACUUUGGCGUAUUUGCUGACGGCUCCAUUGGGAUACCUACUCUGGUCCUAUAUUGCACAAGUACUUGCUCCAUUCAAUAACCAUACUCGCCUGCAGUGUCGCGACCCAGCGUUCCUGACUUCCACAUACGAUGCACCAACAUUUUUACCCAGCCUUUUGAAUCGUGUUGGUUGUGUUCUUGUACACUUUUGUAGCCAUGCGAUCAAUGAAGCAGCGCCCUUGACACUCGAAUUAAUAGCUGCAGCUACUACGGCGUUCGCUUCCAUGUCGAUAGAAUGUGCACGUCGUGGCGGUGGAUUGGGUCUUUCCUUGUAUACAGGCAUCUUGUUGCUUGGUGGCAAUAUCAUUGGGGCGGGGAUUAUGUUCCCGUUGUUGUGGGUACCUGUUUACGGCGUUUGCAGCUCAAAGUACAAACCACAGCCUAUCCACCAUGCACGCAUUCUUGGUGUCACUCUUGCAGCAGUGUUUGGCCAAUGUGUAACCCCUGUGCUCAUGCUCACUGUUCCAACUCGUUCAAUGUGGCAGCAUAAUAUCAUUGGAGCAUUUUUGAUAUCACCAUUAGUGUACACUGCUUUCGAAUGCUUUGUACCUCUCAUUGCUUCUCAGCUUACAAAAGACCAAAAGCAACAGGAAUCCAUUCAACGUUCACGUGACAACUUGCGUACACUGUGGGCUUGUUUAGGCACGCUAUUCAUGCUCAUGCAUUAUAUCCUGUUAAUCCGUUACUAUGGCAUCUGGAACAAGAAUUGGCACGACGACCCCAUUACCUACAUGCUCGUCAUUGACAUCUCUGUCGUUGUUGGUACCAUGGCAUACUGGGCUGGCAUUGAAGAUGGUUUCAAGCGUGGUACACUGUUUCUGCUAGUGGCAUCACUUUUCCUAGGCCCUGGAGCAGGCAUAGCUGCUUACAAAUGGAAACGAGAAGGACGCAUUGCUGAUGAAUACCAACAACAACAACAAUUGAAAAAGGCAUAG